UACGAAAACGAAGGGAGAAAACGAAAACCAGAAAGAAAGAAAGAAAGAAGAUUUAGAGAGAGAGAGAGAGAGAUCGGUUGUUUUAGAAAGCGAGAAUGCAGGCUGGGAAGAAUGCUGUGUCUUCGAUGAAGGAGACGGCAGGGAACGUUGCCGCGUCGGCCAAGGCUGGGAUGGACAAAACUAAGGCAACAAUGCAAGAGAAGGUUGAGAAGAUGAGCGCUCACGAUCCAAUGCAAAAGCAGAUGGCCCAACAAAAAAAGGAAGCGAGGGUGAACGAGGCCGAGAUCAACAAGCAAGAAGCCAAGGCCGAAAACGCUGCUCAAAAGGAACAAGUCCGGGCUGCCGGUCACGGCACCGGUUCGGCACUUCCCGGUCAUGGAACUGGGCAGCCUCACGAUCAGCUGUUGGAUCGUACGGCUGGUUCUCAUCCCAUCGGUCACAAUACCGGAACCGGCGGUACCACUACGCGGGUCCCACUAUCCGGUCCGACUGGGCAGACCGGGUAUGCGACUGGAGCCCACUACGGUUGAGCUGUUGCCUAUUCUAGUCCGGGCUUUUUGCACGCCUAAGUGAGGGCUACGGCGGUUUCUGCCUUUCUAUGCUUUUGGUUAAAGCAGGUUGCAAUAGAUUUUAUUUUCUUAAUUUAAUGGUUUUGUUUUUGUUUUUGUUCCUCCCCCGGGCAUUAGGUGUUGCAGUUUGGUUAGGGGUGCUUGUUUCUAUUGUGUUGAGCCCUCGGAUUGUUUCUUACUAUUUAAUAAUAUAUUUUGUGGGUGUGUUUUUUUUUUCAA